AUGUCAAACCAACAACUUGCUUUAGUCACCGGUGUUAGUGGGUUUAUUGGAGCUCAUGUUGCUGUUUGUUUGCUGAAUGAAGGAUAUCGCGUGCGUGGUACUGUCCGUUCUAUGGAGAAAGCCAAUGAACUUGUCCAUUUAAACCCAGGGCUCAAAGACAAAAUUGAGUUCGCGAUCGUCAAGGACAUCGUUGACCUUUCUGCCCUAAAGGAUGCUGUCAAGGAGUGCGAUUAUGUUUGUCAUGUUGCUUCUCCCGUCCUUGUUGAUGUCCAUGACAACAAGACUGAACUGUUGGACCCUGCUAUCAACGGUACUCUUCGUGUCCUGGAGGCUGCCGCCUCUGAACCCAAGGUGAAGCGUGUGGUGAUUACUUCUUCAUUUGUUGCUUUAAGAAACUUUUCGAUAGACCCCAAUACAGGGUACAACUAUACUGAAAAGGAUUGGAACCCUAUCAGUUAUGAGGAGGCGUUAACUACCAAGAAUGGUAUUUUUGCUUACGGUGCUUCCAAAAAGUUUGCCGAAAAGGCUGCUCAUGAUUUUGUGAAAGAAAAGCAUCCUCAAUAUGACAUUUGCACCAUAAACCCUCCUUUUGUGCUUGGUCCUUCUAUCCAUCCAAUAAACAGUAUGCAUUCUUUAAGCACUCCGAACAAAAUCUUUUGGAAUCUCAUCAAUGGCUCCAAGACACAACCUUCCUUGCAACACUGGAAAGUCGAUGUUCGUGAUCUUGCCAAUGCCCAUGUGUUCGCACUCAAGAACGAGUUAUUAAGCAAUGGCCGUUUGCUAGUAGCUCAGGGUCCUUUUUUCAGUAAUCACUUAUGCAAAAUGCUUCGUGAACAUUUCUCGGAAAAGAAAGAUACCAUUUCUGAGCCCAGUGAUGUCCCCUUUAACGAAAAUUUAUACAAAUUAGACAAUUCGCUUUCAAAGUCUCUCGGUUUAAAAUACCACAGUGAAGAGCAAACCUAUCUUGAUACUGCUUUAAAUCUUUGGGAGCGCGCCAAGCAAUUUUUAUAA